AUGUCGACUAAGAAGCGAGAUCCCAGGCUCCUUGCUGCGGCGCAGGCUUCACUUGCCAGGCUUGAGGCCAAGAACCUUGCGCGCACCGCCUGGUCCUGCAGCAAGCUCCGCGCUGCCGGUGCGGCUUUCCUGGCGGCUUCGGGUGGGGAGGUGAUAUCUGAGAAGGACCAUUCUCAGCCACAUCAACUGGCAAUGCUGGCAUGGGCCUUCGCCACUUUGGCAUGGCGGGACGAGGGAGCAGCACUGCAGCUCAUCGCUGCCGACAGCUUGGAGAAAGAAGCUGAGCCCAGUGCGCAGGACUACAGCGAUCGGGGAGUGGGCGCCUGCGACGUUGCUGGCAUCCGAUGUUUCAUCGAUGGACGCCGUGCAGCGCCAGGGCAUCCGACUCCGCACAGCGCUCACUCCACAGGCGGCAAGCAGGGAGCCCUCCAGCACGCUGCGGGCCUCCGCCACGCUGCGGCGCCAGUGCGAUCCUUCGACCGGAGCGAUGAUGAAAACAACAAGUACGUUUGUUUUGUCUCCUUGGACAUCACCAACACGGCGCGAAGUCCCACGAGCUCCGGCGAGAUGUUCGCGCCCUCCCUGUCAGUGCUGGCAGGAGCUGGGGAGGCGCAGAUCUACGCAGCUGGUGCUCUGGUGCAGCAGAAGCUCUCCGUGCUCGCCGACUAUUCCAACGUACAGUCACUGGUAAGGGAUGAGGUUUGCGGCCUGGUCCAUGCCUUCGCGAAUUACAGCACGCUGACGGAGGGACUCCACGAAGCGGCCGUGGCAGUCCUUCAGCAGCUCUCGGAAGCUUUGGAUUCUCCUGGUCCUCUCGAGCCUCUGGAGAAGCGGAUCCAAGGCAGAGACGGCGUGCAGCCGUCCAUUCUCUUCGAUCGAGGGGACGUCUUCGUAGUGCACAAGCCUCCUGGCUGGAACGUCUCCGUCAGCUUCGACGAUUUGGACCAGAAGAAGGAGCGUCAGUGCGAUGGGGCGGCAUGGGUGUGCAGAAUCGUCUGCAGUCAAGGUAUGCUCGGAGGCAAAGGCCAAAAAGCAAACUGGCAAAAGGCUGUUGCUGAGAGCAUGGUUGCGGCCGGCCAGGAUUUUUGCUCCAAGAACACUUGCUUCAUCCAGGAGACCGAAGCGAUCGGCUUGUUGCAGAGGCCCCAACAAGGCCGCCUGGCUUUAACCCAGGUCAAUGCCACGACCGAUUGCCUUGACGAGAAGGCAGUUUGCGGCAAGUUCUGCGAUGGAUUGAACUCGCCCAAAGACUUCUGCAUGCCUAAGUGCCUCGACAAUGUGCAUGUCAUCGCAGAUGCCUUGAAGGAGUACUGUGAUGAAUGUGGUUCGCCACCGGACUACAAGACGACCACCGAGAAGACCACAACCACGGAAGAACCGACGACCACCACCGAGGAACCCACGACCACGACCACGGAAGAGCCCACGACCACCACGGAGGAGCCCACGACCACCACCGAGGAGCCAACAACCACGACCGAGGAGCCCACGACGACAGAGAAGCAGUACAAGACGACAACAGAGGAAGAAGAGACCACGACCCCUGUGUAUCCUCCCAAGAAAGAUGACGAUGAUGACAAUGACGACAAGAAGGAUGACAAGGACGGUCGCCGGCGCCGUCGUAAGAAGGACGACGACAAGGAUGGUCGCCGCGGUCGCAAGGACGACGACAAGGAUGGUCGUCGUGGCCGCAAGGAUGACGAUGGCAAGAAGGACGACGACAAGGAUGGGGGCCGCCGCCGCCGCAAGGAUGACGAUGGCAAGAAGGAUGAUGACAAGGAUGGUCGCCGUGGCCGCAAGGAUGACGAUGGCAAGAAGGACGACGACAAGGAUGGUGGUCGCCGCCGCCGCAAGGAUGACGAUGGCAAGAAGGAUGACGACAAGGAUGGUCGCCGUGGCCGCAAGGAUGACGAUGGCAAGAAGGAUGACGACAAGGAUGGAGGCCGCCGCCGCCGCAAGGAUGACGAUGGCAAGAAGGAUGACGACAAGGAUGGUCGCCGUGGCCGCAAGGAUGACGAUGGCAAGAAGGAUGACGACAAGGAUGACGAUGGCAAGAAGGAUGACGACAAGGAUGGAGGCCGCCGCCGCCGCAAGGAUGACGAUGGCAAGAAGGAUGACGACAAGGAUGGUCGCCGUGGCCGUAAGGAUGACGAUGGCAAGAAGGAUGACGACAAGGAUGGAGGCCGCCGCCGCCGCAAGGAUGACGAUGGCAAGAAGGAUGACGACAAGGAUGGUCGCCGUGGCCGCAAGGAUGACGAUGGCAAGAAGGAUGACGACAAGGAUGGUCGCCGUGGCCGCAAGGAUGACGAUGGCAAGAAGGACGACGACAAGGAUGGUCGCCGUGGGCGCAAGGACGACGGUGGCAGGCAAAAGGCUGUUGCUGAGAGCAUGGUUGCGGCCGGCCAGGAUUUUUGCUCCAAGAACACUUGCUUCAUCCAGGAGACCGAAGCGAUCGGCUUGUUGCAGAGGCCCCAACAAGGCCGCCUGGCUUUAACCCAGGUCAAUGCCACGACCGAUUGCCUUGACGAGAAGGCAGUUUGCGGCAAGUUCUGCGAUGGAUUGAACUCGCCCAAAGACUUCUGCAUGCCUAAGUGCCUCGACAAUGUGCAUGUCAUCGCAGAUGCCUUGAAGGAGUACUGUGAUGAAUGUGGUUCGCCACCGGACUACAAGACGACCACCGAGAAGACCACAACCACGGAAGAACCGACGACCACCACCGAGGAACCCACGACCACGACCACGGAAGAGCCCACGACCACCACGGAGGAGCCCACGACCACCACCGAGGAGCCAACAACCACGACCGAGGAGCCCACGACGACAGAGAAGCAGUACAAGACGACAACAGAGGAAGAAGAGACCACGACCCCUGUGUAUCCUCCCAAGAAAGAUGACGAUGAUGACAAUGACGACAAGAAGGAUGACAAGGACGGUCGCCGGCGCCGUCGUAAGAAGGACGACGACAAGGAUGGUCGCCGCGGUCGCAAGGACGACGACAAGGAUGGUCGUCGUGGCCGCAAGGAUGACGAUGGCAAGAAGGACGACGACAAGGAUGGGGGCCGCCGCCGCCGCAAGGAUGACGAUGGCAAGAAGGAUGAUGACAAGGAUGGUCGCCGUGGCCGCAAGGAUGACGAUGGCAAGAAGGACGACGACAAGGAUGGUGGUCGCCGCCGCCGCAAGGAUGACGAUGGCAAGAAGGAUGACGACAAGGAUGGUCGCCGUGGCCGCAAGGAUGACGAUGGCAAGAAGGAUGACGACAAGGAUGGUCGCCGCCGCCGCAAAGAUGACGAUGGCAAGAAGGACGACGACAAGGAUGGUCGCCGUGGCCGCAAGGAUGACGAUGGCAAGAAGGAUGACGACAAGGAUGGGGGCCGCCGCCGCCGCAAGGAUGACGAUGGCAAGAAGGAUGACGACAAGGAUGGUCGCCGUGGCCGCAAGGAUGACGAUGGCAAGAAGGAUGACGACAAGGAUGGAGGCCGCCGCCGCCGCAAGGAUGACGAUGGCAAGAAGGAUGACGACAAGGAUGGUCGCCGUGGCCGUAAGGAUGACGAUGGCAAGAAGGAUGACGACAAGGAUGGAGGCCGCCGCCGCCGCAAGGAUGACGAUGGCAAGAAGGAUGACGACAAGGAUGGUCGCCGUGGCCGCAAGGAUGACGAUGGCAAGAAGGAUGACGACAAGGAUGGUCGCCGUGGCCGCAAGGAUGACGAUGGCAAGAAGGACGACGACAAGGAUGGUCGCCGUGGGCGCAAGGACGACGGAAGUCCGGACAUUGACCUCUGGAAAGCAUUUGCAAGACUGGAUGUGAAUACCUCCGGAGCGGUGCUUUGCGCCAAGUCGUACAAAGGUUAUCUUUUCGCCCAGCUCCAGUUUCUUGCCCGGCGAGUCCGGAAGGAAUAUGUGUGUGUCUGCAGCGGCUGGCUCGGGCCGUCCACACGCUGGCUUCAGGCUUCUCUUCUUGAGGUGGAGGAUGGAGAGUCAAACGAUGCGCGCAGCAUCGUCAGCGAGCGAGGCCGGCUGUCCAAGACAGAGAUCUCCAAUCUCUGCCACCUCGCCUCCGAGAGUGGGCGCUAUAGCAUCGCCGAGAUCGCGCUACAUACGGGCCGCCGACACCAAAUCCGUGCGCACUUGGCGAAUGAGGGCCACCCUUUGCUUGGAGAUGAAACCUACGGAGGGGAGGUGGCUCUUUGGUGCCCGCGCGUGUUUCUGCACGCCCGGAGGCUGGCCUUAUCCGUUGGCCGCACUGCGAUUGACGCCCGCAGCGCACUGCCCGCCGACCUUUCGGCUGCGCUGAGAUCCCUGGCGCCCCUUGAUGCGAGGUCCCGCGCGCUUCUCCGCAAAACGCGAGAGGCAGAUGGAGACCCGCCAGAGAGCGGAGAAAAUGCGCGAACGGCCUUGGCGGGCCAGGGCCCUCCCCCAAGAGGUUUCGAUGCCGAGCUGGCCGCGGAGAGGGCGGAGGCACCAGCGGAGAGGGCCGACCUUCAGAAGGCCAUCGAGGCGGCCAAAGACAAGGAUCUUAUUCUCGAGUUUUAG